CUAGCUAGUGUGGAAGCCUGCAACCUGAUAUUGCACAGUCAUGUUGUGGUCAAUUGACAGCUUUCAAAACAUGGUAUCUGCUGACCAGUAUCACAUAACCCCAUUGCUGGCUCAGCUAUCGACCCAUCGAGGCUACGCGUUUUUUUAAUGAAGUUCUGGGCUGACAAGUUACUAGUUUUUAGCUGAUCGCAGGCUCAACUCCCAGUGGAUUUCUUUGCAAUGGCUAAAUUUAUAUAUUACGGAAUGUAACAAUGAAAUAUUUUCUAUGUAUGGCUGUUUUGUAGGUUCACCCAGGGAGACAACAAGGAAGAAAAGAGGCACCGCUACUCGCCAAGAAACACCACCCCCACCAGUUCCACCAGAGACAUUUUUACUUCAUCUGGGAGUUACCGCUAGGACUCAUUCAAUUGGGGAGUUUAAUAGGAAGUUUUCUUCGUCAGUGGACAACUUUGUUAUUGACCAGUGAGUCGUCAGAGUAACUUACAUUUUCCGUCUUUGUUACAGAGUUUUGUGUUCUGUAGAAGGUAGAUACACCAUUAGAUUUGUUGCGUGUAAAAUGUGUUGCGCGUAUGGUUGCAGAAGGUAGACGCAGUAAGGUUUUUUAUUGCGCACAAUGUUACGGUAGACGCGCGAAGAAACGUGCUGCGCGUGAUGUUGCAAAAGGUAGGCACACGAUGAAAUGUGUAAGUAAGUAAGUUUGUUUGUUAGAAAGUGAGUUAGUAAGUUCGUAAGUAAGUAAGUAAGUAAGUAAGUAAGUAAGCAAGUAGAACGAAAGAACGUAAGUGACCUCUUUUCUCAUUUUGCAGACGUUACGUGCUGGCUCAGGGGUCUGUUGGUAAUCAAGAAAGGGAGGAACUGUCUGCUUUAGUAACCUGCUCAAGACCCGAGAUGGGAAUCAUUCAAAACGUUCUCUCGAUUAUUCUCAGGUAAACUAAAUAAAUCACAAUCUUUAUUACUUUAGCUACCCUGAGAAAACAGCCGAUAUUUCUCGACACCACCCGCACUGGUUUCCCCGCGAAAUGACGUCUGAGAAAUUAGCGUAGAAAUUCCAUACUUAUGACUUGCCGCUACCCAGAUCUGCAUAGUGCUUCUGCUUGAAUGAAGCAAAUUUCCAACCAAUCAGAAGCACUCCCCAGAUCUGGGUAGUGACACGUCACCACUAUGGAAUUUCUGCGCUUGUUUUCUCAGGCGUCAUUUGGCGGGAAACCACCGGUGGUGUCGCGGAAUGAGGGUUGUUUUCUCAGGCCAAAACUUCAGCCUGCUAGGAACUAUAUCUUUGUGUGUCUCUAAAUUCCCUUUGCGUCGUAAAUUGACUCCGCCCCUUAGAGCUGAUUAGAAUUCUGUGUGUAACCUAUAUGUAUUAUAUACCGGUCUGUUUGCGUGUAGGGGUCUUCUGGAUGACGACAAUUUUCAUCAGAGAAUGGCCGAAAUAAGCCAGGAGCCUGUACCCUACUUUAGACAGCUUUGUGAGACACAAUACACCACUAGUUCCAGACCUUCGUCGGCCAGCAGUCAAAGUAGUAACCAGUCCCGCUCUGGGGAGGAAGUCAGCGGUGAGGUGGAGGCAAUACCAAGCACCAGUCAGGUAGCUAUAAAGAUCAUGUUGAGGGAUCUGUAUCACGAAAUUCAUCAAAAUUCAAACAGCCGGAACUGCCACUAAACUGAAUGAAACAUAAAAGUAACUGUUUAAAACGUUAUGAGACGACAUGAGUAACAGAGUAAAUACAAAAGGAGGCACGGCUGGACAGACAUGAAGAAGAUUGAAACGGAUUGCAGUUCUGGUUUUUUGAAAACUCGUUAGCCUAACGGUUUUUUAAAGUUCAUUUUUGUUUCUUCAAAUAUUUGAUAUAAUCCUUGGGAGACAUGUUUGUUUGACGCAAAGCUUUGAUUUUGUCAUUUACAAGUAAUUUCUCAAGAUCCAUAGCGAAUAGGGACACGUAAUUGGUCUUUUUUUCACAAAAUGAACCAGACCGGUUUUUGGUUACUUUUGUUCGGUUCUAACAGAUUUAAUAGGCCUAGCCUGUUCACCGACCCUCUAUUUUCUCUUGUCGAAAAAAAAGAAAACAUCGUCUUUGUACAGGCUAUCAUAGGCCAUGAAUCGUCUAUAAGAUCCUCCGACAGCUGUUGAAGGGUGUCGUUUUUCCAAACACGUUUGAGAUUUGGCUAAAUACAAGGAGGAAACUUACUGUGUAUCACAAGAAGGAGGAAGAAGAAGCUUUGGGUCCGGACAAAUUUUUGAACGGGCGAAUUUCUUACCUGUGCAAACCGUUUACACGGAACCGCCCAAAUUCUGUUCCAGAUGGCAGUACUCUUUUCACGAGUCCAUACAAAUAUUUGCAUAGUUUCAUCACUAGAAUGGCUGAAACUUGCGCGGUUCCGCGGGUCCCGUGUAAACGAAAGGCGGAUCCGUGCAAGUUUUUGUCCGUUCAAAAAUUUGUGCGGACCCGUUUUAUACGGCGUCUAAGGCUGUUUCACUUUCGAUGUCCAUGGGUCAGAUUAGCACCUCCCUUGGGACCUUGGUUUCCCUUGGCCAUUAGUGAAGUUCGUGCCAUUAAAGCUGUAAAAUCAAGAUAUUAGUUUAACUCGUUUUUACUCAUGUUGUGUCUACAGCAGCCAGUUGGUGAGCACGCCCAAGAUGAUACAAUGACAGAGGAAAGGGCUGUGAGUAGAACCCAUGAGAUCAUACAGCGCACCUCACAGUCAUCACUCUCCAUACCAGACAGACUAAUAGAAACGGGCGGAGAUCCGGAAAUGAACACAGCACAGAGACAAGGAGUGCGCAGGUUUGUAGUCAUGGCAACAUUUAGGACUGACAAGUAACAUUUGGCCUGAAGUAUCCAAGCACUGACUAUAGCGUACUACUGAUCGGUGCAUUGAGGGUACCUCACGUAUAGAAAGAUGACGUCAUCAAUGACACAUCGGACGCUGAUUGGUCCACUUUUGUGACGUAAUAGUAAACCCUGCUCUCUGAUUGGCUACUGGCCAGAGGUGACCCUCUAUACUUCUCACUGAAUUGUUCAAAGCUCCGUUUGCUGUAGCCUGCGAAGUGCAGACGUAUUUCCGGUCUUCGCUUUUCUCCCUUUCUGUAUUCUUGCGCAAAAGUUAACGAGAUUUCUGCGCAAAAGUUAAUGAGAUUCCUGCGCAAAAAGCGGUCUAAAACAUAUGUACUAUACUACCUAGACGGGGGAAAGAUAUCAACUACAGGGUCCUGGAGGUUUAAUGGACUAAACGAAGAUAACCUGAGAUCAGGCCCAAUUUGAGCGGCUCUCAUACAUUCUCUCUAACCGCUACCGCUAAAAUUGGGCUCUCUUUUCGUUUCGCCAUGCCCGACGGAAUGUUAUUUUCAAAGCGAAACGAAGACAGAGCCUGAUCUCAGGUUAAAACGAAGACUCUCAUGCUUAGCUUAAAAACGUAUGUAAUUUUCAGAGCUUAAAUCUCUUACAUUACCACUCAUAUGCACAGAUGGGUAUUUACCAAACCUGUCGUAUUCUGAUAGUUGUUUGUCGUUUUUUUGGUAGGCUCCCUGAAUUCGAAUCGUUGGUCGAAACCAUGCUUGAGAAUACACUUCUCAACUUGUUAACAGAAGCAAAUCGCGGAGAAGUAAAUUUGACUUCACGGACACGAGUGAUUGCUCUACCACCCAACAGAACCAGCAAGACCACAAGAUAACGUCUGUAUAGCAUGGGAGGGCUGUAAAUAAGUAACUUAUCUACCCUUGCAUCAGAAAAUAUGUCAAGAAUAAGAAUGGCACUCAUGUAUGUUCGCGUGUUUUAGCGUAAAAAUUUACGGCCGAUGUUACGUGAUCAGUCAUUUUAUUUGAAGUCGGUUUCAUUGUACAAUAUUAUGUGUUCACUUUUAACCUGAGAGUCGUCAUAGUGUAUAAAAUAUGAUUCGUGUUCAUUAACUUCCUCAAAUUAGGGAACUCUUUGAAAACCAGUCCCCGUUUGAUUGGAAAUAAACAUUUUUUAUUAUACACAAUGUGUUAAAAUAUCUUGUCUCCUUUUCUCCUAAAUCACGUCCCACAUAAAACGUCUCAUCAGGAGGUUUCAUGUAGUGGUCAUGCAGUAGACGUUGAGAAAAUAUCCUAAAAAGCGUGAUGCAUGUGCAAAGCUGUUUUUUCUCUUAAAAUUAAUUGUUUUUUGACGUCGUUGUCGUAGUUGCUUAAGCUCCCAGACUGCACGUGUAACGACCGAUUUGCAAAAAAUUAUUUCGGCCUUUCUUAGUUNUUCAAAGCGAAACGAAGACAGAGCCUGAUCUCAGGUUAAAACGAAGACUCUCAUGCUUAGCUUAAAAACGUAUGUAAUUUUCAGAGCUUAAAUCUCUUACAUUACCACUCAUAUGCACAGAUGGGUAUUUACCAAACCUGUCGUAUUCUGAUAGUUGUUUGUCGUUUUUUUGGUAGGCUCCCUGAAUUCGAAUCGUUGGUCGAAACCAUGCUUGAGAAUACACUUCUCAACUUGUUAACAGAAGCAAAUCGCGGAGAAGUAAAUUUGACUUCACGGACACGAGUGAUUGCUCUACCACCCAACAGAACCAGCAAGACCACAAGAUAA